GGGGCAACAUACCAAGAGAUAUGCUCAGUGUACACAAGGUAUGUCUCAAAAAAGUAUGGAGAAGCAGUUGUCGUGUUUGAUGGUUACAGUGGCAAAUCCACGAAAGACACAAUGCAUGAAAGGCGAACAAAGGGCAUGCUGGAGUAACUGUAGCAUUUACCAGCAAUAUGCAGCUUACAAUGUCGAAGGCUAAGUUUUUGGCCAACAAGACCAACAAGCAGCAGUUCAUCAAAAUGCUCGGAGAUCAACUAGAGAUGAAAAACUGCAAAGUGCAUCAUGCUCCAGGGGAUGCUGAUUUGCUAAUUGUACAAAAAUCAGUGGAGUCUGCUAUAAUGUCGACCACUAUCCUGGUUGGUGAUGACACAGACCUUCUUAUCCUGUUGUGCUAUCACUCAAGCUUGCACUCUCACAGAGUGUUUUUCCGACCAGAGCCAAAGAAGAGCACAAAGAAACCGCGCGUGUGGAACAUCCAGGUUGUCAAGGAACAGCUAGGCCGUGAAAUAUGCACUCACAUGCUCUUUCUGCAUGCCAUCCUUGGAUGUGAUACAACCUCCCACCUGUAUGACAUUGGAAAAGGAACUUCCCUUAAGAAGUUCAAAUCAAGUACACACUUUCGAGAGCAAGCUAAGGUGUUCGAUGCACAGUCAGCUUUUCCUGAAGAUGUUGUUGUUGCAGGGGAGCAAGCAUUGGUUUGUUUAUACAAUGGAAAACCUGCAGAAAGACUUGAUUCGCUGCGUUAUACGCAUUUCUGCGCGAAGGUGGCUAAUAAAACAUCUCAUAUUCAACCACAGACUCUGCCACCUACUUCAGCUGCAGCAAAGUACCACAGUCUCCGUGUAUACUUUCAGAUACAACAAUGGAAAGGUUCUGGUGUUGUACUUACGCCAGUAGAAUGGGGGUGGAGAGAGAGUGAAGAAGGACUUAAGCCAGUCCAGACUGACUUGCCUCCAGCUCCUGAUGAGCUCCUACGUAUGAUAAGGUGUAAUUGUCAGACUGAUUGCAGUACAUUAAGGUGUACAUGCAAGAAGCACAAUGUGAAAUGCUCCCCUGCCUGUGGCAACUGCAGAGGAUCUGACUGUAUAAACUCAGACUGGCUGACAUAUGAAGAAGGUGUUGAUGUUGAUGAUCAUAAUGGUGAUGAUGAAGAAGAAGACAAUAACAAUGAUUGAAUACAUAAUAAUUAUUGACUAUAGUAACUAUUACAUCUCAUAAAUCUUUUAUCUACUUAUUAUACUAUAGCCUUUACAAUUAAGUAGUUGAAAAAACACGGAAAGUUUAAACUAAUUUACAAUCCUACUAAAACAUUGGUAUAUAUACAAUAAAAGAUGGUGUAGAAUCGGCAACGAGUAUGUUAGCAGAUGACCACUUUUUUGACACUUUCCCCUGCAGAUAUUCCUUAAGACUUUUAGUAUGUUAUAGAGGACACUUUUCUGUAUACAAAACACUUGAAAAAGUUUGUAUUGCAA